AUGUUCGGGACGUUCGCGUCCACGGAUGAAGCCUGGAAGUGGCGCAGUUCACACAUCAACGAUCGUCUUGACGAUGCCAGAAUUCUGGCCACCAUUCGUAAGCCAACACAAGAUGAUCCUUUCCAGUUCCUGGGCAUCAAAUGGUUCGCUAAAGAGCGACCUGCUGUGCUGUCGAGUAUUAUGCAGCAACGCGACUACCUCAUCAUGGAGGCGACGGGACUUACCCGUGACUCCAAGGGCGAAAAGAUCGGCUACUACCUCAUGCACUCCAUCUCGCUGCCUGGUGUCCCGGAGCUCACGGAUCUCGGUAUCAUCCGUGCUAAGUUGAGUUUGUGCUUCAUUGAUCGACAGAAAGGACCCGGCAAAGUCGAGAAAUACGCUCGAAACUACAGUAACCCGGGAGGCAAGAUCCCAGACCGCGUAGCUGCUGCAGUCGGGGCUGACGCCAUCAUCAGCGCCUCUCGUGUUGUCGACUAUGCGUACGUCAAGAAGCUCACGUGGUUUAUGAAGGAGAAAGGUCAGCAACAACGAGACUCGCGUCGCGAGGCGGUGCAGACGAAGCCCAAGCGCUGCGAGACGUGCUACAAGAGCUUCAGUAUGUUUGCGCUCACCUCCACCAGUGCUUCAUGCCAGAUCUGUCGUCGUGCAAUGUGUGCCAAGUGCAGCGUUGUCAAGAAGAUGACUGUGGACGUGUCGAGCACUGGAGCAGUGAAGCAAUGCACGCUCCGAUUCUGUUUGAACUGCCUGAUGGAAGCCAAGGAGAAAUCCGUCUGGGAGAUGGCGCUCAGUGGAGUGGAAACGGCGUCGGAGACCUCAUCUGCCUCCGGCUCAGGAUAUCGAUAG